CAUGAUGCGAUAUCAAUCAUAGACCUUGGAACAUUUUUCAACCUUUCCAACGUUAGGUUACUUGACAGACAUAAAAGGAAAAAGCCAAUUUAAACUCAACUUCCGUUGUGCUUUUCUCAGAACUCAAUCUUCAAGAAGCAACAGCAUGAGCAGUACCAUUCUCAUGACCUUCCUCACAGCCAUUGCUUUUCUGGCACAAUCCUUCCAAAACUACAUCAUCCGGCAUUCUGGAUAUCCUGCUGCAGUGAACGAAAACGAAGAUCACGAAAGUGAUUAUUGUUCAGUGUGUCUGAGCCAAAUCUGUAAAGGGGAAAAAGUUAGGUCUCUUCCAGUAUGCAAUCACAGGUACCAUGCUGAUUGUAUAGGUGCUUGGCUUAAGAACAAUACCACAUGCCCUCUUUGCAGGAACAAAAUCACUGAUCACAGCCUCCAAAAGCAUAAACAGGUGAAGAACUUAGCAGAAUCUCUGUUUAAUCUUAUGCAGAGUUUCACAGAUCUGUUGGUAGCUGUUCUCUACAUGGUACUUCCAUCCACCGUCACUCAGAGUUUCCCUUUGGUUCACUGAUAUGAGACUGUGAAUUGUAUUGUAAUCAUGUAUGCAGUAUGCAGAAUAGUGCAAUUGCUGAUGUUUUUUGAGUUUUGCUUGUUUGGCAUGGGAACUCUGUUCUGCAUAACUAUGAUUUUUUUGGAAGGUACAAAAGUUGGUUAUGUCAGAUUUGGAAGUUCCUAAUGUGUGGCUUAUUCUGGGAAAUGUUAUAUGCAGUUCUUA